AUGAAUUUACCCUUGUGUCUUAUCCUGUUUUUCAGCUGUCUCACUGAUGCGACGUCAGGGCGAAACUCGACGAUUCUCAACCCCAUUCUGCCUGGGUUCUAUCCUGACCCUAGCUGCAUCUUUGUCAAAGAACUCGACAAGACUUUCUUCUGUGCAUCAUCCAGCUUCCUUACUUUUCCUGGCAUCCCAAUCACUACAAGUAAGGACUUGCAAAACUGGACUCUUAUCGGUCACGCGUUCUCUCGACGCAACCAAUUACCUGAAUUUGCAAGUCCCAUUACAGAAGUCGGGGGCAUCUGGGCACCGACCCUUCGAUACAACAAUGGGACCUUCUUCUUGACGACCACUCUCGUUCUCGAUUACUUGCCUGAGAACGAUUCCUCUCGUUGGCGAAACUUCGUUCUCACAUCGACCGAUCCGUACAACUCAGCUAGCUGGUCUAAUCCUCUACAUUUUGAGGCAGACGGGUACGACAACAGCCUCUUCUGGGACGACGAUGGCCAAUUCUACGGGAUAUGGGCACCUUUGACAGAGGUACGAUCUGGAAUAUUCCAGUCUACGAUCGAUCUCAACACUGGCAAUGUGGGCGAGAUGAUCAACAUCUGGAAUGGAACCGGAGGCGCAGCACAGGAAGGGCCCCAUGUUUGCAAGAAAGACGGUUUCUACUAUCUGAUCAUCGCGAAGGGUGGGACUUUCUUAAACCGUAUGGUUACCAACGCCCGUGCUAUGAGUAUCAACGGCCCAUACGAGGCGAACCCAGACAACCCAGUCCUUACUACCGCGAAUUUGACCGAAUAUUUUCAGGCUGUUGGCCAUGCUGACCUGUUUCAGGACGCUGGUGAGAGCUGGUGGGGUGCAGCGCACGCGAUGCGCGUCAACCUACAAAACAGGGUCUUCCCAAUGGGCCGCGAGACGGUUCUAUUCCCAGUGACAUGGAACCAGAAUAUGAAGAUCGCCGGUCAAGAUGUUGCAGGGACGGACGCCAUUGAUUUCACCAAGAUACACCUUAAGCCUUUGCAUCUCGUCCACUGGCGAUAUCCGAACGGAAGCAACUUCAACUUCUCGCCUGAUGAUCCAAGUUGUGGGCUUAAGCUUUUGCCUUCCUUCGGCAAUCUUUCGUCAGGUGUUGCAAACGCAAGCGACGAAAGCUUGAGCCUUCUGGCUCGUCGACAAUCUCACAGUCUAUUCACAUUUAGCGUUGAUCUGGCUUUUUCCCUUGGUUCAGAGAGUGACGAGGCCGGUGUGACUGUGUUCGUCAGCGAGAAGACACAAAUAGAGCUGGGGGUCGUUCAGAUGGUACCAACCGGCACAAGCGUCACCAGCUCUCCAGCUCCACAUCUGCGUUUUCAAGGAGCUUCCAAUGGCACGCUGAUCGAGUCCUCAUCGCUGAUCUUUCCUGAAGAGUGGAGAGAUCAGAUGCUGAGUCUGGAAAUAAAAGCCUUCAACGCAUCUUACUACGCGUUCUCUGCUGGGCCGGCAGCGUAUCAGUCCAAACUGAUGACAGUCGCAUAUGCUCCCGUUUCACUCAUCCGGCCGAUUUUCACGGGCAAGUUUAGGCUCCCGACUUAA